CUUUAUUUUCCACUGUUCUCCUAUUCGUUGCUCUGCUGCAACUCUAGUUUUUAGGCACUUUUUAUGAGAAAAUUCUGCCCAAGUUUUGUUGGAUUUUAGUUUACAAUCAUGUGGGAGUCUGAGAGUGAAUCUGUUGUUGGUCGAGAUUAUGGUAAUGGAGUUCUUAGCUCAAGCAAGCAUGGCGUCAAGUUCGAUGGGUUUGAGCUCAGGGGCCAGUCAUGGUAUGUUGCAACUGAUAUUCCAAGUGAUCUUUUAGUUCAGAUUGGAGUUGUAUAUUUCCACUUGCAUAAGUAUCCUCUGUUUUCUCGGUGUGGAAAAAUGAACAGAUUAAUAUAUGAAUCACGUGACCCAGACCUGAGUAAAAUAGCAUUAGAUGAUCUUCCAAGAGGAGCUGAAGGAUUUGAGCUUGUAGCAAAGUUCUGCUAUGGAAUUGCUGUUGAUCUGACAGCAGCCAAUAUCUCUGGCCUUAGAUGUGCAGCAGAGUAUCUAGAAAUGACAGAGGACUUAGAAGAAGGUAAUCUCAUAUUCAAAACUGAAGCUUUUCUUAGUUAUGUGGUGUUAUCAUCAUGGAGGGAUUCUAUAUUAGUAUUGAAAAGCUGUGAGAAGCUCUCACCAUGGGCGGAGAAUCUCCAGAUUGUAAGAAGAUGCAGUGAAUCCAUUGCUUGGAAAGCUUGUGCAAAUCCGAGAGGGAUCAGAUGGGCAUACACUGGAAAACCACCUAUGAUUGAUUCAAGGCCAAGUAGAAAUCAGUUGGUUCCUCCUGAUUGGUGGUUUGAGGAUGUUUCAAUCCUUAGAAUUGAUCACUUUGUUAGAGUUAUUACAGCAAUUAAGCUGGUGAAGCUCAGUACCUCAUUGAUUAAGUAUAUUAGGUUAGAAGUUGUUGAUUAA